AUGAAUGAUGUACGUUCAGUUAACGGGACACAGUCUGUUUCGUCGGUCAUGGCAUCAACACCAAACCAAACCAUUUCCAGUUUUCAAUGCCCGAUAACUUUUGAUUUUGAUCCAACAAACAUUACCCAUCUUCCAGCAUCAGUCGUCCCAACGUGGAUUUCUGUAAUUGCCGUCAACGUCGUCACCUCUCCGCUGACUGUCCUCAUCAAUUUGCUGGUUAUCUGGACCGUGGUGGAAAAUGAACAGCUCAAAUCUAACAGCUACUACCUCUUGGUGGCCAUCCUGUCGCUCAGUGAUCUUCUGGUAGGACUCGUUAUACAGCCGCUGUUUAUCGCUUUGAUAAUCUGCGUCAUAAACCAGUGUACAUAUGUAUGUGAACUGAUCAUGGCCUAUACGUUGUCUGCUUUACUUUGCUAUGGAUGGACAGCUGUUACCAUGGUGAUUGUCAGCCUGGAAAGAUACUUUUUCAUAGAACAUCCACUGUACUAUCAGACUUCAGUCACCCCCAAGAAGCUGAUGAUAGCAUCGGCAGCUAGCUGGGCCCUUGUAGGGAUUUCAAGAAUAUUUAUAAGAUUCCUGAUGAACGAGUCCUUCUGGGUCAGACAGCUUCCUGGAAUCCUAUUGUUUGGUCCCAGCUUCGUCAUCAUUGUAUUUUGCGUCAGUAAAGUACACCUGACGGCCCGUCGACAGAUGAGAGCCAUCGUCGCCCAGCAACAAUCGGUAGCCAUGAAGCAAAGUAAGAUCAAGGAAUACAAGCGCACUUUCACUCUAGGCUUGAUAGUGCUAGCAUCCGUGGCGUGUCUGUGUCCAUUAUUGGUUUUGAAGAUCGUAGGAGCUGUGAAGGGCAACUUCAAUGACGACAUCAGAUAUACAUCGCAAGCUAUUUAUUUCACCAUCUUGCACUUGCAGUCGAUUAUCAACCCCAUCAUCUAUUCCCUUCGUCUAUCGGACAUCCGCACUGGGGUGGCUAAAAGACUCCAAUGCAAUCGCCAAUAA